UGUGUGUGUGUGUGUGUGUGUGAGAUGGAAGGAAAAAAAUAAUAAUAAUUAAUGUUCUUGAAAGCAAGUAAUUAGAAUACAAAAACAUGGCUACACUUUUGUUCUCCCUCUCUCUCCCUCUCUCUCUCCCUCUCUCUCUCCCUCUCUUUCUAUGGGGUUGAGGCUCACUGUUCUUUCAUCCUCAGAAAAAUGAAUUUUAAAACUUUGUUACAUAACAGAGAGUGGAGAGGUAUAUCUCCAUAGUAACUGCAGUAUAAACACCCUCUGGCUCGAUGUGGUAACUGAAGCUGUUCAGCAUUCAGCCCUCCUCUUCAUAUUUCAUGAAGGCACUGAACAUCUAAAGGGGCAGCAGCCUGUCAGAGAUGCCCCAUGACGAUCUGAAGCACAAGAUAAUCACACAAAACGCAUGCAAAUUUUCAGAUUUUCUGAUGAAAACAAUUGAAAUCAAGAAGAGACUGUUUUAUGUAAUUUGGCACCUUAAGCGAGCAUGCUUUGCUUCAGCACAAUAUGAACAAAAUAGUAUAUUGUGUUCCUUAAAGCGCAGCUGAGCAAACUGCUGAUGUAAUAAAGCAAAUAGUAUAUGCACUGGAGAGACCAACUUCAAAAAGAAAAGAAAGCGCAGGAAGUGUCUUUGAAAAUAGAAAACAGAGGUGAAAUCCAAUUUCUUGCUGAAAAGAAAAUGAAUUUAACAAAAGGAGGGAUGAGUAAUGGAAAAGAAGGGUCACACUAGAACAAAUUAUUACAUAAAUCAUAACUUUGCAACAAACAUAACAUCAGUCCAAACAUUUUAAGUGGUAAUUAUCAAUAAUUACCAAUAAAUUGUUCAGGAAAAGUGUGUUCAAAUGGUAAUUUUUAGCAUUUUUAGCAGUGGAAUCAACAUAUUGUUUUGUUACUGACUUCUUGAGCGUUGUCUUUUUCAUCGUGCACGUGCAUCAUUAGAACAGCAUUACUGUAUUUUCCAUCAUGUCGGUGGUAUAAUAUUAUAGAAUAACAAAGAUGGAACAACAGCCAUAAAAUAUUACCAAUUCUUUACUUUAAACCAUGCUUGUUUUGGCCUUACAGCUGUGACAUAAGUACAUACUGCAAAAAUAGCCCACCACACACACUGGGCCAAAACUUUAAUGACAUACAUAUUUAUAUUUUUGUAUUAUUGGAAUUUGAUCCUUUAGGUCUCUACUUUUAUUCUAAUUGAUAUCAUUUUAUUGCACUCCCACUAAUAUAUUUUUAGCGCGGCCUCAACAGUAUGCCACCCUGUAUUUUACCGCACAUAUUGUACGAGCGUGUGACAAGUAAAAUUUUGACUCGUGAAUGUGCUCUAUGAUAAUACGUCCUCAACCGUGGCGGUAAAAAGAGGCCCUUCUAUUAAUUUACAUAAUAUGUCAGAUAUUCUAGCUGGUGAAACACAAACACUGAAGAGAACAAAGUUGUGAAACAGUUUUCUUUCAGGUUAAUAAUUGUAGGUGUUGCUAAGACACAGACUGGCCUCAAACACUAAACAUAUGUUCAGACUAAACAAGCUCUUGUUCACAAUUGGUGGGGAGGACAAAUCAAGAAUCCCUUGUACUGUACAAGCCAAAUCAAUCUAGAAGACAACUAAAAAAAACACAUUGAAAAGCACAUCAAAUUGAAAUGCAGCACGUUAUCCCAUGUGAUUAGACACGCUUUCCUCUUAAGCAUUAUAUUAAUAUACGUAUAUAUAUAUAUGUAUAGAAAUUAAUUUAUUUCGCCGUUAAUUUUGCUUUUUUAGAUACUGGAGUGACUGGGCUUUUAAUCAAUGACGCCUGCCGAUUCUUUGUGGCUUUGCCUCAGCAUUUUCUCUUGUGUAUGUUGUUUUUUAAUUAAGAAACAGGAUUAGCCUACUGACUGCUCCACCCAUGCCAUAAAGGAUAUGGCUGUGGCAUUUUAUAUCAACAAAGAUGAGCAUUAAACAGUCUCUCAAUCUUUCCCACAUUCCCCAUUGUCUCUCUGAAGAGUUAAGCUUUAAAAACACAUCACAAAUAUAUAAUAUAACUUUUUUUUUAAUGUGACUCAAACUGAAGGAAAUGUAGCAUUUUUAGCUGUGUAUUUGGUGCCCCACAUAGUAGUUGUAGCAGAAUUAGAUUUUGGUUUUGCUUUGAUAGGCUAUAUUACUACCUAGUCCUCUCUGCAUUGUUAACAUUUAACAGUUUUGGACAGUCCAUGACCCGUCAGUCGCGUAAACCGGCAGGUCAUGUGUGUAAACAACAGGAAACAGAAAAGUGGUCUCUUGGCUCAGCUCUACUCCUUAAAGAAAGCCAUAUCAGCUUUUAAAGUGCAAAGGUUUUUGAACUUGCUUGUUGUUAAUUGACAGGUUAGGGUUUUCAGAUGUUCCAUUACAUGUUGUUGUAAGUUGCCUGACAGAUAGUAGUAGACUGCUGUAGGUUGAGCUGAUGCUGGGUGGGCUCGACACAGAUAAGCAAGGACUAGCACGGACUUUUUGAAGAGUCAUGGCUCAAAUUGGAACAAAUUUCGAACAAAUUUAGAGGAAUAUGCAGCCUUGGUCGUACAUGAUCAUAUACAUUCAGUUUCUGCAUAAGGUUGAAGCGAACCAAUCUUUUUAUCUCAGAUAAAAAGAUUUCAUAUUUCAAUCUAACGACGUUUAAACACACAGGCUCACCAUUCACUUGGACUGCACAGAAAUAUAGUUCCUUUUUCUAAAUAGCAUGUGUUUUGAUAAGUGAGGCUCCUGAAGCUGGCAAAUCCCCAAAAUAUGUGGAUGUGUUACAACGCCAUAUACGAAUUAUGAUGUCCUCAACACUGUGUCCAGCGUAGUCCCAGAAGUAGUAAAAUAAUUAAGACGGACCUAUAAAUCAGCUCCCUUGACAGGAAAAGCCCAUAGAUGGAAAACUUUAAAGAGAGUACAUAUUUUUCAGUUUGUCCAAUAAACAUAUUUGCAUUUCGCUUAUUCAUAUGUAAAAAAAUAAUCACAUACAAUAGCCAUAUGUUGUUUAUACAUUGGGAGUAGUUGGACAUAUGAGGACAUACGUUUUCUUGCCAGGUUACGUGAGAACAUUGAUAGACUACCACUCUCAAGUCUGUACAGUCCUUCUGGUUUUCUGUCUGCAGAUGUAACACAAGAUAUACGUAACUUGUUCAUUAGUGACCUUUGGAGGUUCUGGUAGGGAGAUUUUGUAACCUCUGGACAGAGCCUGUUCUACAGAGACUAGCUGUUUCCCUAUUUCCAGUCUUUAUGCUAAGCUAAGCUAAGCUAAUCUGCUGCUAGCUGUAGCUUCAUAUUUACCGUACAGACACCAGAGUGGUACGGAUCUUCUUAUCUAACUCUCGAAAAAUGUAUUUCGCAAAAUGUCUAACAAUUCCUUCAAAAUGUAUGUGCUUUCAGGGUGUCAAUAGACGUGUUUUCUAUGGAGUUGUCUUUUGUGAAACGUCAACAAAUUUAUUUGGAUUCGGCACGUUUCCAUAUACUUCUUUGGAGCGAGUAAACUCAGCUACAGUGCAGUUUCGUGAGAAGUUGUUAUUGGCUUGCAUGUGUGUACUCCGUCAGUAAACAGAGUAGAAUAAGUAGAAGUUGUGGACGGGAAACUAAACAAGUCGGCCUGGCUGUCUAACCCAUCUAUGAGAGAAAAAUGGAGAAAGAAAAGUUUCAAUUGUUCUUUCACGUCAGCUACUAUUGGCCAUGUUUCACGCUGUCGGGAGACGAGGACAAGCAUUUGCUCUUUAUGGGAACAUCUAAGAAUACGCCAACAGAACAAACAAGCGAUAAGUCAUGUAGGUUAAAUGUUCGCUACGACAGAAUUUAUUCGUUAAAGGCGUUUCCAUACUUCAUUUAGCAGAGCAAUUCUUUUUCGACAAAUGCAACAAUGACCUCAAGCUAAAAAAUCGUAUCUAUCAUACAACUUUUCUAAGGUGAUGAAAUGUGUGAAUGGGAACACGGCUUAUGUGUCUAGUAUGGCAUAACAUGUACAGUAUGUGGGCUAAAUUAAUAGGGCAAGGCCACUCAUGCUGGAACUAAUACACAGCACAUAUCUAUCUCGAUAUAUCACAUACCUAAGGUUGUUCCUUUACGUUUGCCUUUGCUGGACAAUGUACCAUGGAGACAAACAACAGCACAUGGAGUGUAUGAAUAUAAAUGUCCCAGGAAGACCUGUCCAUCAUGCCCUAAUGAGAAGCAAUCUCAACACACUAAAGACUGUCUUGGGAAAUUGGGAAAUUCCUGUCCAAAUCAAAAUCACAUUAGUUGCCUUACAGGAAAUCUCUGUGCUGUGACAUUUGAGAAUAGUCUCUCACUUUCACAGCAUUAUCAUAUCAGACCUCAUCUGACACACUUUGUCCCCGCUUUAUCUACUUAGCUUUGAUGGUGUUUCUAGCUGGAAAGUCAAAAGAGGCAGCGGGACUCAUUUGUGAGCAGACUGAACAAGCGCAGCGAGGGACACGGUGUAAAACGUAUACCUAUCUUCCCGGCGCUGUCUCUUUAUCAACACAACAGAUUAGUUAUUUUCUCAGGGCUAAAUGACCAGGCUGUGUGAUGCGAUAAAGAAAUAAAGCCAGCCUCUCUGAAGUCGUGCAGUUUGGUGUAUCAGUGCUGCUCUUGUGGACAAAGGACACUGGUGAACCAAGGUGAUGUAUCAGUGUGCAUCGAAGGCUCCAUGCAGCCACAGCGGCCUGGAUGGAUUAGCCUGAGAGGGACAUCAUGGUUGCUUAGUAACUACAAACCUGCUCAAAUGCUUGCUGAACAUAAGGGACAGGGCUGUAUUUUGACCCUGAAUAGUCAAAAGUGCUUUUUAUUGCAACCUUACCUAACCUUAAACGACAUACGACAUUAUACAGUAGGUGACAUACACAAAUUGAGACUAUGUCAAUACAAACAGCCCUAAAACUGUGUGUGUGUGUGUGUGUGUGUGUGUGUGUGUGUGUGUGUGUGUGUGCGUGCGUGUGUGUCCCCAGGCCUAAGGAACCAUAUGUCUAUGUGUGUUUACUUGUACUUGUAUAUUUGUGAUGACCAAGAUUUUUGAAACACAACGGGAAGAAGAAAGGAUACGAAAAUGCAAAAUACUCGGCUGCGAAUAUUUUGCAUCAAAACGAUUCAUAUCGGCAUCAAUGCGUAUUUGCGACAGUUGUAACACUUUCUCAACAAAAGAUUCUAUAGUGUACAUCUCGACUAUGUCCGUUCGGCACGACGUGACUGGUUGAUGCCUUUAUUCACAUCCAAAAGCUCCAAAAAAUCAACCUUGGUCCGAAACAUUUUUUGACACUUUUUCGCCGUGUAAUAUUUGUGUUCUGUGUGAAAACAUUCAUGACAGCAGUCAGUCAGCAGACACUCAAACUGCAGUCUGAAAUGGGCUAUAUAUCGCCUCCGUUGUGAGAAGGACAUUUCUGGGAAGUGGCAACAUUUUUGACGGUCCUUACUUCUUCAAAGCCAUUUUGUAGGGUGCCGACUUGGUUUUAAGCUUUGGGUUAUAAUUGGGUUCGGGCUAGGGUAAAGGUUAGGGGUCAGGCCUUUAGUUGUGAUGGUUAAGGUUUAGGGGCAAGGGAAUGCAUUAUGCCCAUGAGUGUCCUCACAAAGAUGUGUGUGUGUGUGUGUGUGUGUGUGUGUGUUCUACCUGAGAUGUGUGUAUUCAAUGACUCCAGUGGCCAGGGUUUUAAUAGUGGCUGGAUCCCCACCACUCCUGGUGCUUUGCUGCAGGCUCUGUCCGGGCUGUUUUUCCUAUUCUGGGAUGUCCUUGUAUGACCCGCGCUCCCAUGCCAAGAUCCAGGCUGUGUCUAAUGAAAGUAAGAUUCCAGCAGUUUGUUUUCGAAAAAAAAUUCUUUGAGAGAAAAAAACUAAACAGAAUCAAGGCUCAGGCUGCCAGUGUUUGCCAUACUUGUCAAGCUGGCGGUUGAGAAUGUGAAAGAUAGCAGUAGCUGUGGGAUUGUGGUGGCAGACUAGGAAGUUAAAAGAGAAAGAGGUAUUUACACAAUGAAAAUGGCUUUCAUGAGGUUUUCUAGGCAAAACAGACUUUCAAUACUUUGCUUAUUCUAGGAAAUAAUGUGGUAACAGUGAUCAGAAAACCCCUAAUGAGACGCAAACAAUAAUACAUGUUUAUCUUUGCUUUUGGUAUUGCAUUUUUUAUGGUUUAUUUGUUCUAUUUGUUAUGUUGAAUUUAUAUUGGAAAAAAACUAAAACCGAUUAAACUGACUGAGUGGUUCCCCAAAUGUUAAGGUGACUGGUGUGAGAGUGGAGGAUGAAGCACUUAAGGGUGCCAGCAUAAUCUAGGAUAGGUAGGCCAGUGUCUUAUUCAUCCUAUCGCAUUUAAGUGUCAAAGUGUGUGUGUGUGUGUGUGUGUGUGUGUGUGUGUGUCUGUGAGUGUGUGUGAGGAAGAGGCCCAUGAUUCGAGGGACCUACAGUAUGUCUUGAGUGUUUGUAUGUUGAGACUCUUUGCUUGAGUUAAUGAGCUUCAGAAGCUUAGGCGACGUAUUUCUGUGGUGACCUCUUGGUGCGCGGGUCACACGAGGAUGAUCUAUGAGAGGUCCUAAUAAUUCUGGGAAAAUCUGAUUCGACCCAAGUAACCGACACUGGCCAGGAGUUCUCCUCAAGCCAGCAGACAAGCUCUUUUCUUCCUUCAGCCUCGGUGUAAACAACCAAAAGACGCCAGUGGUCUAAUCCAGAUCACAGCGGCAGUUCAACAGACUUGGUUUGGAGAAAAACAAAUUGACGGGAACCCCUGAUUAAAGAGCGCUAAGUGGUUUUUGUAUUACAGGCAAACAUCAGCCGCUCUCUGUACUUGAUGGGUGGCGUUUCUUACUUUUACGGUAAACACCUUUGGCAGCAUUUCAAUGACCUUAAAGGCAAGUUACAUCAGCAGUAUAAUAUUACAUCAGAAAAGAAACUGUUCCUUGUAAUCUGUAAACUUACUUUUUCUUUCAGUACUUUUGCAAUUCCAUGUGUACACAUUGCAUCAUCUCUGAGAAAACACAUUGUGUCCAUUCAGUCUAUGAUAAAUAGCAAAGACUGACAGCAGUUAGAUCACCACCAUCAUUCAUUUACACACAAUGUGCUUCGUAUUAUAAUGGCGGGUCAUGUUAAGACCAAGAUGAAAUGUUUCCAUGUUAGAGGAAGAAUGACAGGGGAGACAAAACAGUGUGUCAUCAGCUGUGUCUUUGGUGCCUGAGGGAGCCAUCUUUCACACAUUAGCAUCUGAGUCACAUCCAUUUCAAUAGAAACUGUUUUUGGUUGUCCAUAUUUUUUCCCCGACCUUUCAUCAAAUGCUGUUUUAGAUUGCACAAUGUGAAAUGCACGUGAGACCUGCGAGAAAGCUUUUUCUUCGCAAGCUCGGUCACAAAGUUCUUGUUUUCAGACGUCAGAGUUGUUUUUGUUCCACCCUGUCACAGGACAACAGUUAGACCACUUGGGCUGUGACUAAUUAAUGACAUAAUGAAGAAAAUCGAAUGUAUUUCAUUCAGGAGAGUGCCCUUUUGAUUACAUUACCACUUUCUUAUUUUUUUUUAACGUUUAGAGGCACAUCCAAUGGGCUGGUUUCUAAACAGACUCACACUCUGACACAAAGGAGAAACAAGUUUGUAUAAUGACAAGCCAAGACAUUAUAAAACAAAGACCCAAAGUAAAAGCAUGGUACACAAAGUUUGCUUUCGAAAUCCAAAGCAGGUGGUAAAAAAACAAACGACAUCACAGCUUUUAAAGUGUGAAACACAUGUAGCUAACAUUCUGAUUACACAUCUCUUUUUAAGUGGGCCAGUAAAUGGUCUUUCGGGGUGGAUGGCGCAACUUCACACUCGCAGAUGUGUGUGUAAAAGAAGCUGAGAGGUCACGUGUGUAGCUGUUGCACAUCUGGGUUGUGACGGCCAUUUUCUCACUAGGUUUUCUGCUGCUGUCUCUAGAGUUCUCCGUAAAAAAAAAAAAAAAAAAAAAAAAAAAAAAAGGCUUCCGUUUGUAAUUUCACUUCAUCAGAACUUGAAUCGUAUCUUCUUGGGUUCGGCUGUUGGUUCUGCGUCUGUUCCAUUGCACUCACCCGGAGAUCACCGUGACAUCACUAAAAAGACGUCAAGCCGGGCGAGUCGGACGAUCAGACAGGUUCUAAACAAACCCUCGGGGUGAGACAAAUUUAUGUGGAAGAGAAAGCAACGUUUGUUGCAAAAUAGUUUACAGACCGACCUCCUGGUUCAACUGUGAGCUUUCCGCUGUUGAAUAUGAAGUAAAGGAUUCAAACAGACUUUCAGGGUGCACUGAUUUUCAGUUUCUCCUCCAAAUGAAGUGGUAGAAAACAUGAUUAAACAACCUGCUUAAUUGACAUACCACUUGUGUUUUCUUGCCCUGUCUGACUUUGGUGGUCGCAAGUCUUAACACUUUUAGUUCAGUGUUUUUAUAUCCACAUUGGAAUUAUCAUCUAAAGCCUUGUUUCAACUCUCCUGAGUGAGUGAUGGCUGUUCAUGAUGAAUCUCACCACGUACACGAAAGGAUAAGGCAUUAGUUAGUUAUCACAUGAUUGACACUCUCACGUCUAACUGACAUUCACAUCACUUUCUUUUUAAUUCACCAGAUGUGUCCCCCUCAAAUUCAAGAAAAUCUGUAUCUGUAUGAAAUAAAACAAUACAUACAAAACACUAAAUAAGGAUAAAAAUGAGCUUUGGACAGAGACAUUUAAUGCAUUUACCACAGAGUCGACAAUGAUCUUAAAUUAGGAGAGAUCUCAGACUCUUUAAUUCAAUUUAGCAAUUGAAACGUACCAGAAAAUGGUCUUGGUUCUUCCAAAACCUUAAUUUGGGUCACUUAGAUUGGACACCUGCACAAUCAAAUUUAAUCCAAUGCAGCAGUCCUUCCAUGUAUGUAGAAAUAAUGCUCAUUUUUGUUGAGAUUUUGUCAGAGGGGUGCUGAUAAGAUAUUGCUGUGCAGCAAAUAUAACAGUCUAAGAUGACAAUAACAAUAAGCGGCAUAUUCAAUGCCACAUGGAUAGUGAAAUAUAAACAGGGUGGUGGGAAGGACAUGAAAUGCACUACAGACAAUGGGUUAAUUGCUUUACAAAGAUGGUGAUAAGAGAACUUAAAUAUACUGAAUAUCUUUUGAAACCGGUGGUAGCAGGUUUAUACUGCCUUCUAUUCCCCCCAAGGUGUUCAGGGGCCCUGGCAGAUCGGUGAAUGAGUCAUCGCUACACAGCCCUCGCAGUGCGCGUGAGUCCAGCGCCGUCUAGUGGCCACAGAGGCUCCUACACUCAUUACAGAGAGACCUGAGUCCACAGGCGGAAUGAAGCGAAGACUAAAUGUUUUGUUUUUUUCCCUGACUUUUAACGACCGACCGACGGCCAAUUAAAACUAAUCCAAGUGUCUCACCAUGGCAUCAAAAAACACCCAUCCGCUGUCAUGUUUUAUCUGUCGCGUGUAUAGUGAAGACACCGCGUCUCAGGGUGUUCAGAGCACCCCUCUCUCUCCCUCUCUCUCCCCCUCUCUCUCUCUCUCCCUGGGCUUUGAAACCCAGAGUGGACGCGAGGUAAUCCCCACCAUGUGAGUGGGCGGUGCGGGUACCGGAGGCGUGUUUUUCUUUUUUCUUUAUUUUUACCCCCCCAUUAUUCAAAUUCUGCUGUACCUAUAAAAAGAGUGCCUGCGUGCGUCAGAUAGUUUUCUCCAAUGGGUAAAGGGGACUAAGUACUUGUUGUCUCUCUCGCCGGCCCAGUCGCAUCCUAUCGGCAAGGGGAAGGAGAUGAUGCACGACUCUGGCGGUGUCAAAACGGCGAGGGCGCUGAAGCAUACAGCCCUGUGCCUGAUGCUGCUGCCCCGGUUCCUCCUGGCCGCCGUCAUGAUGUGGCUCCUGGAUUUCUUGUGUAUUAGGAAAAAGGUGCUGCUGAAAAUGGGAGAGAGGCAGGACAGCCCAGAUGACCCGCCGGUGUGCGUCUCUGACUCCAAUAAGAUGUUCACCUUGGAGUCCCUCAGGGCCGUGUGGUACGGGCAGAAAUUGGACUUUCUCAAAUCGGCGCACCUCGGGCGCGCAGCGCCCAACACCGAGGUGAUGCUGGUCCAGGAGCGGCGGCAGGUCCAGAUCCUGGACUGCAUGAAAGGGAAGAGACCGCUCAUCCUUAACUUUGGCAGCUGCUCCUGACCGCCAUUCAUGACGCGCCUGGCGGCGUUUCAGCGCGUCGUGAGCCAGUACGCGGACAUUGCGGACUUUUUAGUUGUAUAUAUCGAGGAGGCGCAUCCGUCGGACGGCUGGGUGAGCUCGGACGCGCCGUAUCAGAUCCCCAAGCACCGCUGCUUGGAGGACAGACUCAGAGCCGCCCGGCUGAUGCUCGCCGAGGUGCCCGGCAGCAACGUGGUGGUGGAUAAUAUGGACAACUCGUCCAACGCCGCGUACGGAGCCUACUUUGAGAGACUUUACAUCGUGAGGGACGAGAGAGUGGUGUACCAGGGGGGCAGAGGUCCGGAGGGGUACCGGAUUUCCGAGCUUCGAAACUGGCUGGAGCAAUACAGGAGCGAGCUGGCGCAUUCCCGAACAGCGGUGCUCCAUGUGUAGUGAAAGAUGCUGAACUGUCCGCUGCUCUGCCCGUUCCGCUUAAGUGUCCAACUCACAGUGACAAAAAUAUUCCGAUGCUGCUAUCAGAUGUUCACACAAGGCACAUGAUGUUGUUUUUCUUGCGUAAAGAUAUUCAGGACUCUUUGAAAAAUAGCCUAAAGUUACGUUCAAGCCUAUAACUGCAGGCUGUAGGCUGGUAUGUUGCGCUUGUCUUGACCUUAAUUGAGUGCUCGCGAUUGUUUGUUUGUUUUUGUAUGCAGAAGUCUUGAAUCAGGUGAAGCUGGAUUCAAUUAAUAAUCACUCUAUUUUUCUACAAUACUGGCGUGUGUGAAUGUGUUUGUGUGUGUGGGUGUGGGUGCGCGUGUGUGUGAGUGUGCGCGCGCGUGCGUGCGUUCGGGCUAAUGUCUCGCUCUGGUGUUUCUGUGAAGUUCGGAUUUUAAAAGGCGAAGCCAGAAAACCGACACUGAUGUUUCUGACACCGGAAGCGGGUCCACGUUAGCGGGGACGCCUUCCUCCAUGAUCGAUUGCCAAACGAUGUAAUAUGUUGAAACGAUGUAACUGAACAAAUGUUUUUAAUAAACAUCAGAUCUCACUUG